UUCAAAUUCCAUCUUCAUAUUAAUUCAUUCUUUUUUUAUCUUGUGUGGCAGAUUGGGGAUAUUCCUGAGGCUGAGACGAAGCCUCCUGAUAAUGUCCUAUUUGUUUGUAAACUAAAUCCAGUUACUGAGGAUGAGGACUUGCAUACAAUCUUUUCACGCUUUGGAACUGUUAUAUCGGCUGAUAUAAUUCGUGAUUAUAAGACUGGAGACAGCUUAUGUUAUGCAUUUAUAGAGUUUGAGACCAAAGAGGCAUGCGAGCAGGCAUAUUUUAAGAUGGAUAAUGCUUUGAUUGAUGAUAGAAGGAUUCAUGUGGAUUUUAGUCAGAGUGUUGCAAAACUAUGGUCUCAAUACAGGCGAAAAGACAACCAACCGGGUAAAGCAGGAAGAGGUUGCUUCAAAUGUGGUGCUCUUGAUCAUAUGGCGAAGGAUUGCACUGGUGAUCCUGCUAGCAAACAUCAACCUUCAAAAUAUAUCCUGAAGGACGAUAAUAUGCAGCGUGGUGGAGAUAAUAAUUCGAGAUAUGAAAUGGUAUUUGAUGGAGACACUCCAGAAAGUCCAAGACAGGGAAAGAGACAUGGACACCGUGAUCCAGAUUACCAAAUUGACAGAGAAAAGAAAGAUGGAAAAGAGAGGUACAGGCAGAGUGACAGAGAUAGAGGACACAGACAGGACACUCGGUACCCUGAAAGUAAAGGACGAAGUCGAUAUCCUGAGGAGCGACUUGAUAAAGAAAAGUAUAUGGAUAGAAGAAAAGACCGAGAUGAUCGAGAUUACAGAAAGAGAACUUCAGAUAGUCAAAGAGAUUAUGAUAGCCAUAAAGACCAUCGAGAUUACAGAAAGAGAACUUCAGAUAGUCAUAGAGAUCAUGAUGGCCAUAAAGGCAAGAGGGAUGAACGAGAAUAUAGACGUCGAGGUACAGAAAAUGAUGAUGAUCCUGAAUAUGAUCGAGAUCGGAGGAACCGAGAUGACAAAAGAAGUCGAGCUCUAAGAUGAUGCGAAGUGCUAUUGUGGCAUUGCUUUUGUAGUUCUUGGUUCCGAAACUAUAGCAUUAAUGGAUGUUGUGCCAAGAUGAUCAAAUUAUUCUGAGAUAGAUUCUUUUCUUUCGAGUGACAAUUCUUUUCUUUCACACAUU